AUGUUGCACCCACUCCUUCACCUAACGGCCUGUCGCGACGAGCUGUUGCAGGCCAGCCAGUCCAUCACUGCGCUGCAGGGCGAGAAGAACCGGCUUCUACAGGAGGCGGAGGAAGCGGAAGAAGAGGCCCGGCAGUGGCAGCGAAUGGCCGUGGUGCUCUUGCAGAGAGUGGCCGCAGGUGGAGCUGCCCCCCGCACCCGAACUGCGCGCAUCACAAGUUCGCAGCCGUUAUUUGCGGUGGAGGUUCCGGAUGAGGUACAAGAAGAACUCAGCGCGCGAAUGCUGAGCACAAGGAUUCUUCGACAGGAGCUUGCCUUCUCGCAGGCACGGCUACAGCAGGAAGAGGCCGAAGUGGAGCAGCUGGUUGCCGACCUGGACGAUCUGCGCAUGAAGGAGCUCUCCGCAGAAGCCACCGUCCAACACCGCGAGUGGCGUUCUGCGACAGUGCAGAGUGUUCGACAAAGCAUUGCAAAGCAAGCCCAGGCCAUCGCCAUGUACGAGGACCGGGCGCACGGAGCAGAGCUUCACGUGGAUCGACUUCGCGAAGAGAUUCUGCAGCUUCGGCAGGAAGAAGCCAAAGCUGCAACGGAAGAGUGCCGGACGAUGUCCCGUCGCAUCAGCUUGGAGAACGAUAGACAGUCCGAGCUUCGUAGCGUGACGCUGGCUUUGUGCGAAGAACUUGCAAGCUCGAAUCAUGAAGCAGAGAGUGUGCUCGAGGAGCAGCUGCGCUCGCCUCAUCUGGCACAUCGUCGGGUGAGCCAGGGGUCGCGGCUGCGGCUUCUGCUUGGUGAGAAUACACCGCGCAGUCAAUGA